GUCAUCAAACUUUGGGUUGCCGUGUCAAACUUCGUCGAAUGUGUGGUUAGCAGUGAGUCUCCGACUUCCGAUCUCCAUCCUCUGCUAGUUUUAGGCUCACCCACCGCAGAGUUAUCGGCAAUCGACACAGAACAAUGGCAGCAGUGUCGGCGACAACAGGGGAGGUGAAGCUGUUGGGACUUUGGAGGAGUCCCUACGUGACCAGGGUGGGGAUCGCUUUGAACCUCAAGAAAGUAGGGUACGAGUUCGUGCAGGAGGAGGUACAAGGGCAGAAGAGCGAGAUCCUGCUGAAGUCCAACCCUGUGUACAAGAAGAUCCCCGUCCUCAUCCACCAGGGAAAGCCCGUCUGCGAGUCCGCCAUCAUCGUGGAGUACAUCGACGAGAUUUGGACCAGCGAGCCUCCCAUCCUGCCCUCCCACCCCUUCGACCGCGCCGUCGCUCGCUUUUGGGUCACCUACAUUGAUGACAAGUUGCUUGCGCUGGUUAGGACUCUCGUUUUCGGAGCAACCGAAGGGACGUCCAAGGCAGAAGUAGCAGACGGAGGGGCAGAAGCUUUUCAGCUGCUGGAAGAGGCUUUCGCCAAGUGCAGCCACGGGAAGGAGUACUUUGGUGGUGACACCAUUGGCUACUUGGAUAUCGCCCUGGGGUGCUGGCUGGGGUGGAUCAAGGCGGUGGAGGAGGUGAGCAACAUCAAGUUCUUGGACGAGAAGAAGGUUCCGCUACUGGUGGGAUGGGCGGAGCGCUUCUUGCAGAACGAGGCAGUGAAGGGAACCAUGCUGGAGGCAGACGAAUACGUACAACGUGUUAAAAACCUUUCAGCGUCUGCUCGUUAACAGAAGUCGAUGGUUCUUCGUGAGCAUGAUAGCGAGCUGCUAAAUUUCUGCAAAGGACGUUUAAUUGGCUGCGAGAAUUGCAAUCUGCUUUCUUCUGGCUUGUUGGCAUCAACAGUUCACUGUAACUCGCAAAUAAAAGACAUUUGGUCGAUAACUAUUUCGCUCUCCCAAGCGCAGUUGGGUUUAUGAAUCUUCCUUGAGAAAAGUCUGAAAUAAUAAAGGAAAUGGAACCAUUAUUUUCCUUA